CUACCCGUCCUCAUUAAUGCGGGACCCCACCCACAUUAAUCCCUCCCUCCCCUCCAUUAAACAACCAAGGCUCGCUCCUUAGCUUGGACAGGAUCAGGGAGAGGACGGAGAGCCAACAGCAGCAAUGGGGAUCUGCUGCAGCAAGGCCAAGGCGCCAGCAGGGGACCUCGACGACGGCGAGCAAGGCUUCCCAUGGAUGCACGACGACCUGUUCCACCACCACCUCUGGACCAGCGCCGCCGUCUCCAUGCACACCAAGCAAGGAUGGAAGGGUGCCAACCAGGAUGCCAUGACCGUCUCCCAGGACUUUGCUGGCCACAAAGGCCACAUCUUCUGCGGGGUAUUUGAUGGGCAUGGCCCUCUUGGCCGAGAAGUCGCUCACCAUGUCCGCGACACCCUUCCCUUGAAACUAUCCUCUGCUUUGAAGCCCAAAACUGAAGAAGAUCCCUCAACCCAUACUUCCAAGCUCACAACUGAAGAAGACCACUCAAGCAAUACAGAUUUGCAUUCCUGUGACAAGUCAGACUCCACCUCGUUUAGUGAUGAUACAACCGAUGAGAAGCUCCUGUUGUCCACUUGGAAGAACAUAUUUGUCAAGGCAUUUGACCAGGUGGAUGAGGAGCUCAGGCAACACUCAAGAAUUGACUGCAUUUGCAGUGGCACCACAGCAGUCACUGUUGUUAGGCAGGGUGAUCACUUGAUUAUAGCCAAUUUGGGUGACUCGCGUGCUGUUCUUUGUACCCGGGACAGCAAGGACCGUUUGAUUCCAGUCCAACUCACCACUGACUUGAAGCCAGAUCUUCCAAGUGAACUCGCAAGGAUUCUGAAUUGCAAGGGGCGAGUUUUCGCCAUGGAUGACGAACCAGACGUGCCCAGAAUGUGGUUGCCAGACCAGGAUGCACCAGGCCUUGCCAUGGCAAGGGCCUUUGGGGACUUCUGCCUGAAGAACCAUGGCCUUAUUUGUACACCUGAAGUUUACUACAGGAAGUUAUCUGAGAAGGAUGAGUUAUUGGUGCUUGCAACUGAUGGGAUUUGGGACGUGCUGUCGAACAAGGAGGUGGUGAAGACGGUGUCUUCAGGCAGCGACCCAUCCAACGCGGCGAGGCAGCUGAUCGACCGUGCUGUCCGAGCAUGGCGGCGCAAGUACCCGACGUCCAUGGUGGACGACUGCGCGGUGGUGUGCCUCUUCUUGAAGCAGCCGGCGGCCGACGAGAAGGCGCCUCAGGCGGUGUCGUCGUUGAGCAAUAGCAAGGUUGUUGUGAGCGGCGAGGCGUCAGAGGAGGGGACGACGACAGUGUGGAGAGCACUGGAGGGUGUGGCGCGGGCGAACUCGGUGAUGAGGCUGCCGCGGAUGGGGCGCGUGCUCAGCUGGCGGAGGCGGUCAUCGAGUUCGCUCAUGGAUGAAGACCAAGACGACCGGGAAUAAUGAUGAUUUGUAAGUCGUUUUUAUUUAAUUUGAUGGUGGGAGCAUGCAAUGCAAUGGUCGCGAGCUUUUCUUAAUUGGCAGCAGAAAUGAUGUUAGGAUUGGAUUGACACCAACAUGAUGCCGCGUCGCAUUAAUUCAAUCAGCAUUCAGCAGCAGCACAAAGCUGUUGGCAAUUG